CACNAUGGAUCCGAUGACAAUUCAGGACCCGCACCCACAACCACAAAUACUCCAUCAGCAAUUACAGUCCCAGCCGGUCCAGCAGGUGCUACAGCGGGUGAACACGAGCCAUUACUAGAGUUCUUUAUGCAUGACGUGCUAGGCGGGUCUCACCCAUCGGCUCGUGUGGUUACCGGAAUAGUAGCUCAAACCGAAGUGAAUGGAAUACCAUUCUCUAAGGCCAGCAACAGCAUUUUCCCGGUUGACAAUGGAGUUCCACUGGUCAACUCAAACAACAUCAACAGUGUUAUUAACCCAAACACAGCUCCACUUCUCACAGGACUUGGCGGUGCUCAAACCUCCACCGUAAUCCAAAACACUAAUGGGAAUUCCAACGAUGCUCUUAGCGCAAACAAUCUCCCUUUUGUAACCGCCGGAAACCUCCCUCCUGGUGCUGCCCUCCAGCAUCUCAUGUUCGGAACCAUAACCGUUGUGGACGAUGAACUAACCGAAAGCCACGAGCUCGGCUCAGCUGUUAUAGGGAGAGCUCAAGGCUUUUACUUGGCCAGUUCUUUGGACGGCACAAGCCAGACUCUUUCUUUGACCGUGUUGCUACAUGGAGAGCAUGACCAUCAUGACACUUUAGACGACGCCAUUAGUUUCUUUGGAGUUCACCGGACCGCCUCUCAUGCCUCUCAGAUUGCAGUUAUUGGCGGGACUGGGAAGUUCGAGCACGCGAAAGGGUAUGCCAUAGUGGAAACUCUGCAUAACCAGAACAACCAGCAUAUCACUGAUGGUCAAGACACCAUCCUCCAUUUCAGUAUAUACCUCACCUACAAAGCUUGAAGAGAA